UUCCCUGCAGAUGAGCUCUUCUUUCCCUGCAAAAUCCAGUCCAUCUCUGGUUUUCCUGUUGUUUUUGCAUAACCAAGAUGAAUUCUCCGCUCCAUCUUUUUGGUGGCUCCAGACAAUUAACAAGCUUUGAUAGUUUCUGAUACUAGACACACUAAACAUAAAGUGCAGCACUACUAUAUGCUUUCCGCUUCUAGGGUUUUAUAAGCUACCAUUAUUAUUAGCUUUUCCAUUCUCUCUCUCUCUCUCUCAUGUGUUGCUGAUUUCAGAUAGAGUUUUUAGGUGGGGAAGUAGUUAUCCAUUUGGAUAUCUUUAAAUGGUCCCUAGCUGUGCAAUGACGGAAAGGAAGGUGGAGACAUUUUGGACCCUGAGAGGUUCUGGCUGAGCUUUUAUUUUUUUUAUUUUUUUUGAUAUGGUCAUUUUGGCAUCUGUGUUUUAAUCACUUGUAAAAGUAGACCAUACAGCACAGGUUCACUGACUUGCUGUACAGGGUUAGAGAUCUAAUAAGGUUUACAUCUCCAGAGAGGAUCUGGACCAUUUUGCUGACUAAGGAUCUACUGUUCAAAGAUAUGAAUUAGACUUCAUGACUCACAUGGCAAGUUAAGUGGGACUCUGUGCUUUUUAGUGGUCGCGCGUCAUAUUUUUGCUUGUCCUUGUGUGUAACUGUGAGAGUGAGAAGAUUUGUUGAGAGAAUGAGAUCUAUGGAGGAUAAAGGGUGUUACAAUCAUGGACCAACUCAGGAGAUUCCAAGUAGUAAAGCAACUAGCUUUGAGUUUCAUAAAGGCAAUGGAGCUAGUCGCGGUGGUCAUCACCGAACAGCUUUAGGCAAACCAACACCAUCCAAAUGGGAUGAUGCACAAAAAUGGUUAGUGGGAUUGUCAAGAGUAGGGGGAGGAGAUAGAAAAGAAAGCCAGCCACGAAACUCAAAUGCCGACGAUAGGAGACUUAUAGCUUCAGUUCCUCAAAUGGAACAUGACUAUUCAAGUGGAGAAGAUGAAGUUGGAGGAGAAGCAGCAAAUGGGUGUUCUAUUUCAAUCACAAAUCAGUAUGAAGUAGAAACAAAGAAGGUAGACUGCGAUGAGUCAGUGUGGAGAGUUAAUAAGCCUGCACAGAACUCAACAAUGAGUGCUGUUAGAUCAAUCUGUGUUAGGGACAUGGGGACUGAGAUGACCCCCAUUGCUAGCCAAGAGCCUUCAAGAACAACAACACCGAUUAGAGCUACUACACUGGCGGCGAGGAGCCCUGUAUCUUCAGGAUCUUGCACCCCAGUGAGGGGCCUGAACGGGUUGCCGGGCAAUGAAGGCUAUCAAACAGGUUUAGCAAUGACUGAAAGUAGAGGUGAGGCCAGUUCUGCUCCCAGAGGGGUUAGUGCAACAAGGCAUUGCUAUGGACAAGAAUCCAAUGGUUCUAGGAUACACGAGGAUAUGGAAUCGGAUCAAGCAAGAAAGGUGAGUACUCUAGAAACAAGAGCAAUGGCUUGGGAUGAUGCAGAGCGAGCCAAAUACAUGGCGAGGUAUAAGCGUGAAGAGGUGAAGAUCCAAGCCUGGGAAAAUCAUGAGAAGAGGAAAGCAGAAAUGGAAAAGAGGAAAAUGGAGGUGAAGGCUGAGAGGCUGAAAGCUCGAGCACAAGAACGGUUGGCAAACAAACUGGCCUCGACUACAAGAAUAGCUGAAGAGAAGCGUUCAAAUGCGGAGGCCACACUGAAUGAGAAAGCCGUGAAGACUUCUGAAACGGCAGAUUAUAUAAGGAGGACCGGGCACUUGCCCUCUUCAUUCUCCUUCAAGUUUCCUUCCCUGUGCUGGUAGCAGCACAGCACUAUGUUUACAUGUAACAUAUGCUAGCAAACCAUUCUCAUCUCACUUUUUUGACAUACAUAACUGAACUUGUGGAUUCAUUUUAUAUGCUAAAUUCUGCGAUUGCGUUCAUGGGGCCUGGUUCCUCUAGUAUAAAAAAACUUGAACUGCCCACUUGGAGUAA